CACAACCAAAAGGCAACUAACUGCACAAUGAAGUUGUUUGUGUUUUUGGUUGCAUGCGUAGCUGCCAUCAACGCAUUGACAUUAAAGGAGGAAUGGCUAUUAUUCAAGUUAGAACACGGAAAAGAAUAUGCCAGUGAAUUUGAAGAGCAGCAACGUUUUAAAAUAUUCAGUCAGCAUAGACAGGUGAUUAUCCAGCACAACAAGCGUUACAACUUGGGCAAGGAGACCUUCUACAUGGGCACUAAUCAAUACUCUGACCUCUCGAUUGAAGAAUUCCGAUACUAUAUCACCAAUUCCAACAGCAGCGAUGAAAUUCCGACGACAGCUUCUGGUUGCCUGACCACAACGUUAUCCGACUUGAUCGGUGUUGCGGUCGUCAUCAAGAAAGGAAUCAAAUUCUGCACUCUGCCCCACAUCCGCACUUCUAUCAUCACGGCUCUUAGUGUUAACGUGGAAUCGCCAACUGGAAAUGUCCGGUUCAUCGCUGUUUACUGCCCACGGCAGUGUGCCGCCAACAACGGAUUAGCAAGCAAAUUCAAGAACGACCUGAUCGCCAUCACUCGUGCCAGCUCCCUAUUCUUCGUUGGGGGCGACCUGAAUGCUCGCCAUGAAGCUUGGUGGAACUACCAGCGGAACCGGAACGGAUUUCCGACCGGCAUCAACAUGGCUCCUGCUCCAAGCCAGCGCAAAGACUACCACCAUGUCAACUGGGUGCAGUUUGAACGUGUGGCUGACACAGGCAUCGACGAACAUCCACCACUUGAUACCGUAGAUGACAUCGACCGGGCGUUGGAAGGACUCCAACAUGCCAUAUCCGUGGCUGACGAGAGGCAUGUGUUCGACGAGUUCCUAAACGAUGUAAGCUAUGGAGAGCAGCUCUAUGUUCCGGAAGUAGUGGAAAUACCGUCUAGCAUAGAUUGGAGAUCUAAAGAUGCCGUGACACCUGUUCGAUCCCAAGGAAAAUGUGGGUCGUGUUGGGCAUUCGCAGCAAAUGCUGCCCUCGAGUCACACUAUAUUCUGCAAAAGAAAAAGGUUGUGAUAUUAUCCGAACAAAAUUUGAUCGAUUGUACACGAAACUAUGGUAAUGAUGGAUGUGAUGGAGGUAAUGUCCGAAAUGCCUAUAGGUAUAUAAAAAGCAAUAAAGGUAUCGAUGGAGAAAGCAGCUACCCGUAUCAGGCCGAUGAUUUCUCCUGUCGUUACGACUCUCAAUAUUCAAAAGCAACCGUUUGCGGCUAUUACGAUGUCAAACGGGGAAGCGAGUCCGCUCUGCAGUUUGCGGUUGGUACAUAUGGACCUGUAGCCAUUAGUAUGCACGCCAGCAAAAAAUUCAUGUUAUACAAGGGUGGUCUCUUCUGGGACUCGAAGUGUGCGGGAGCUGAAACUAAUCAUGCUGUAAGUAUUUUACGAAAUUGUAUAAAUUUCUUCAUUUUAUUCCAGAUGGUUGUGGUUGGAUAUGGUAACGAUGGUAAAUAUGACUACUGGUUGGUGAAGAAUUCAUGGGGAACUCGUUGGGGAGAAAAUGGUUAUGUCAAGAUGAUUCGUAAUUAUAAAAACAAUUGCAACAUCGCAUAUGCCCCCGUUUUCCCAAAGCUUUGUUAA